AAAUGCAAGAUUGUUUGAGAGCAUGAAUCAAGUCUUGAACAAUCUCGUUCUGAGUAGGGUUCAUAUAUGAACCUAUUUCCCAUGUUUUCUGUUAAAAAGUUACCAUGAGAAUACAUACAUCUUAGCCUGAUAAAAAAAUUAAAAAUUAAUCAUGCAUUUGAUUUGGAUGCUGGUUCAUACAACUGCUCUUUUUAAAAUUUGCAGCGCCGUUGGAGGGAUCGUUUGCGGAACUGACGAAUGCUCACCGCCUAUGGUAUUCGGGGGUGGCACCCCUACAUUUACCCCAGCCUCUCCUUGCAUACAUAAUGGUACCAUCGUUGACGUCACGUGCAAUGGGAUACUCUUUGGCCAAUCAGAAUGCGCCUGUGUGGAAUCCGACUACGUUGAUCCACCACCAACGUGUGAAGAAUAUUACUGUUCCAAACCAGCCGCACCUGACCAUGGAUUCGAGAUCGAACCAAAUCAUGAAUACGUUCUUUACGAUGUCGUCUCUUUUUCAUGCGAUGAUGGUUUUAUUUUAAGAGGAGCUCAGUCAAUAAUGUGCACAGGGAAUGGUGAUUGGCAUCCGUCCAUCCCUAAUUGCUAUGAAGACUGUGUUACACCGUUCAUUGCCAAUGGAAACGCUAAUUUUGCACCGGGUAUUUCUGUCCAUGAUCAAGAUCAAUUGAAUGUAUCAUGUGACAUCAGCUUCACUCGAGAAGGAGUGAAUCAGGUCACGUGUUAUGACGGUGAAUGGUAUCCAGCUAUUGGACACUGCUUCAAUAAAUGUGAAUCUCCAGUGAUUCCCAAUUCAGACCAUUCGGUAAACCAUGGUGACGUCGAUCACGGUGACUAUGAGAUUAUUACAUGUAAUACUGGAUACACGUUUGGAUCUGGUUCGGAUUAUUCUCAUCCACUGACGUGUAAUAAUGGGACAUGGGACGCAUUCAUUCAGUGUUCAGCAAAUUGUGAUAGUCCUCAAUUUCCAGACUCCAUGAUGAUAACCCCUGUAGCUCGAGUGGAUGGGUCUUACUACCAAAAUGACGUCAUUACAAUCACUUGCGCUCCGAAUCAUGAAGUUAUCAAUGGACCACGAUCUGCAAGCAUGCCAUGUGAUAAUGGACAGUGGACACCUACUCUUCUACCUGUUUGUAAACAUAUUAAUGAUAACUAAAUUACAUGGGCAGAAAUCCCAGGGGGACAGGUGGGCGCGUCCCCCUACCCAAAAUAGUAGGGGGGACACAAUAUCAAAAUAAUGUCCCCCCUACUAUAUUUGUUAUUUUAUGAUGGAAAGAAAUACAUCAUUCAAAAUCGAAAUAAAACAUGUAUUUUGGUCGAAGUGACCUUACAUUCGGGGUGAUAACCUUUCUUUAUUUUUUUUGCUUGUCAAAUUUAUUUUGGUCGAAAUGACCUAACAUUUGGGGUGAUAACUUUUUUCUUUUUUGCUUGUCAAAUUUUCCAACCCCUGGUCCCCUACCUUUGGGGGAGAGAUUUCCACCCUAGGCUAAUUACCAGGUAUGGAUCAAGGGGGAGGGACCCCCUUUUGAAGACCUUUUUUCUUGCUUGUCACAAAAUAUUUCGACGGGAAAGUGCUUCCAACAGCGAUAACCUACAGCUCUCUCUUCUUUAAAGCUGGUCAGUAAUUGUUGUCCCCCCCCCCCCUUUCCUGGAUCCGCCCAAGGUAAUUACUAAUCGGCAGAUAUCUAAAAGGUAAUGAUAUCUAGAUCAUUUUGAAAUAUUACCUUGAAAAUUUCCCAUAUACAAGCACUACUGUGAAAAUAUCAUGAGAAAUAAGUUUCCAAACAAUCAUAACACACUCUACUGUUAAGAGAAAGUGAAUCACAUUCUAAAACAAACAUAGUUAUAUGAGAAGGCUAGAAAAUAGACCUUUAUUAUUUUGCAAAUCAUGGAAUAAAAGUUCCAGAUAUCAAGUAAUAAAAUACAAUUUCACGUACAAAUCAAAUUUAUUUUCAUACAAUUAGCAAUGUGUUCAUAACCCUCAUUUAACAUAAUAUUGAAGAAAAGGAAGAGUUGAAGUUCGUUGGUAGAAUUUUGCAUAUUUAUAUAUCACAAUCAUGGUUUAGUCGCUAGCAUAAAAGUUACAUUGAGUAUACACAUAGUGAAAUAAGUGCAUUUAUAACAUGAGAAAAUUUAACUGACCAGAAAAGAAGCGCUUGUCUUAUGACUUUGUGACAACAAAUAUUCAAAUAUUAGUUAUGUGCAACUGUUACUUAGUUUAAUCAUAAUCAUUUGAAUAUUUUCUGGUAAAUUAUAUUCUUAUAAAAUUUUCUUUUAUUAGAUCAGUGAUUAUUUUUUACUAUAGAUAAUCAUAAAAGAAACUAUGAAGAGACAUAGCAGAUAGUAUUGCAGGUAAUAACAAUUUGCAUGAAUGAUCUGUUUAGGUGUUACAAAGGUUUUACAGAAUAAUAGAAAUAAAUUUCCUUACAUUUUGUUGUUAUAAAGACUUAUUACAAUUCGAAACUGAAUUCACAAUCAGUAUGGAUAUAUGGAACAAAAUGUCAUCCAUCUUCAUCAUGAUAAGUGAAUACUCUGCAAAUUCAACACUUUGGAAGCACCUGAACUCAGUGCUGAUUGGGUGCACAAUAUGUCACAUUCUAUCAUAAAGUUGAACUUAGCUCACUAUACAAGCUCCUAUGAGUGUAAGUCAAACUUUAUCACACUAGUAUGCUUAAGUGAUCUUUCUGUAAAGGAUCAACAUUUCUACUUUCUCAUCCAGGAUGAUCUAUUUCAUAAUACAUCAAUAAUUUCAUGAAUGAAUCAAUAAAUAAAUAAGAAAAUGUUCAAAGAAA